GUUUUGUUUCGCUUCGCUAGCCGAAUGGAGGUCGUAUUCCGGAUUCGUAGCAGCAGCUUCAUAGCUUUCGCAAGUUUGCCGCAAUAUUUAUCGAUUUUUGGCUCAAAAUCUCGGUCGUACUCAUUAUUCACACGUAAAAUGGAACCAAAUCCUGUUAUCAUUGCUGCUACAGCAAAACAUACCUCUUCACUUAUAUUUUUACAUGGUCUGGGUGAUACGGGGCAUGGAUGGGCAAGCACAAUCGCCGCUAUCAGAGGCCCACACGUAAAGGUCAUAUGCCCUACUGCUGCUACCAUUCCUGUGACUCUGAAUGCUGGUUUCCGCAUGCCAUCCUGGUUUGAUUUGAGGACACUAGAUGCCACUGCGCCGGAGGAUGAAGAAGGAAUAGUCAGAGCAACUGCUCUUAUUCACAAUUUGAUUAAUGAUGAGAUCAAAGCUGGCAUCCCAGCUAACAGGAUAUUGCUGGGAGGGUUCUCGCAAGGCGGUGCUCUCGCCCUCCACGCUGGGCUCACCUUCACACAGCCAAUUGCAGGCAUCAUGUCUCUGUCCUGCUGGCUGCCCCGGCACGCACACUUCCCUGACGCUGUGAAGGUGCCACUAGACCUACCUUUGUUCCAAGCCCACGGCGACUGCGACCCCGUGGUACCCUACAAGUGGGGGCAGAUGACGGCCUCCUUCCUUAAGACCUUCAUGAAGAACAUCGAGUUCCACACCUACCAGGGCCUCACCCACAGCUCCUCCGACGCGGAACUCAAGGAAAUGAGAGCCUUCAUAGAGCGAACCCUGCCGGCCGUCAAGUGAAUCAUAAACUUAGUAGCGGAACCUUACAUUUCAUCCUGUAAUUCGAAAAAAAGAUUAAAAUAUAUCUUCGUCAAGAAUAGUGUUGUUAACUUUCCUGAAAGUUGAUUUUCGUUUACCAAAUAGCAACAUGCAUUUGUAAAUUAUAUUUCUCUAUUUUUUUUAUUUAUUUAAGUAUAUUGUAUGUGAAUAAAUUCCUCAUUCAUAUAGA